AUGGGAGGCCCGGUGGUUGAGUCGCAGAUGCUGCGCUCGCUGGCGAGUAUAGAGUAUCGUGAAUACAAAGAGGAAGAUAACAUGUCCUUCUUGGUGGAUGACUCCAAUCCUGUGGAUUGUGAUAUAUUUCACUGUUGGGUCGCAGUGCAGAGUGGAACUAGAGUGGUCAUCGGCGUGGUGGUUAUGUCUAUCCCUAAGCCCGGUGUUCCAGAUGAUGCCAGAAAAGCGAUCAACGCAAAACGGCCGAAAGGAUGCAAGCACCCGGGUGGGGCCGUCGGCUUCAUCUAUAAGGUGAUAAUCUCCGAACUAUGGAAGGCUGACGGAAUCGACGCGAAACUUCUAUUAAAGGUCUUCGAAGACCUCCCUAGAGUUCAGCGGAGUUGGGAUGUCGUCUACACCUAUAUAAACCCUGCGAAUUUUGCUCGAAUUAUCCUGUAUGAAAAACUCGAGUUUAUGAAAAUAAUGGACAAAGUUGGAGGAAACCUUGUAGCUUAUGCCCGCUUCAACACUUGA